AUGGCCACUACCUUCCAUCCCUUCCCGCGUCUUCCCUCUGAGAUCCGCUCUCAGAUCUGGACCCUGGCAGCUCGUCCGCGCCUCGUCCACAUCAGCAUCACCUCGACGGCGAUGAGGCCCUGGAAGCGGACCGGCGACUAUGACUUUGCUUCGCCAACGCCGCCCCCUGCUCUCAUGCAUGCGUGCCGCGAGUCCCGUCAAUGUGCUCCCUAUCAGAAAUCCUUCUUCACAACCUUGCCCAAUGAAGAAGAGGAAGAAGAAGAAGCAGCCGAGGUCCGGUACAUCUGGGUCGACUUUGAACGAGACAUAAUCUGCCUCGAGGACGACAACGUGAACCGGGUUUCGCCGCACCAGGCGGAUAUUCGGCGGCUCAGAGUCACGAUACCAACUGGGGACCGCGGAGACUUGGUGUUUGAGACCUAUGGCCGCUCCAGCCAUGUCCUGUUCGAGAAGUUCACGGCGCUGCAGGAGUUGCAGCUGGCUAUGGCGAAAGAUUUGUUGGCAUGGGGGUCAACGUGGCCUGGCCGUGGAUACGGAGCGUGCCCCCGGGAAAAUAUCAGGUAUCUCGACCUCCAUACGGGCCUCUUGUUGACUGGUCCUCAGCUGGAGAUGGCAUACAACUGGUCUUGGCAGCACGGGGGACGAGUAUUGGAUAUGGAGACCUUUGACGAGGAUCACGAGUUUAUGCUUGCCAACUACACCGGCUUGGAUUUACCUGGGCUUGCAGAGAUAGAUUGA